AUGACAUAUGGAAUGCGGCCCCGAAUGGCGUGGUCGGCGCUUUUUGCCUUUGCCGUAGGUUCUCUGGCAGCUGCGAUUCCACGCAAUUCAGCGUCCACGCUUCCAGCGGGCGUAACGUAUGACCCGGCGACGAAGUUGUUGUGUUCCCCGACCUCGUGGACAGAUGUCGCGUCCUUCUUCCUGGGGAAUUAUCUGUCCCAUGCGGCGACCGUGGUUGUCUAUCCUGGCGAGCCAGUAUGGAUUGUUGUCUUCAACAUGGUGCUAGCCAUUUUGUUCCCCUCUAUGGGGCUGGGCCGAGGAAUCUUGGCUAUCAGGAGCGCGGCAGCGCUGUACAAGGACCCUAUUCAUCAGGCGACAAGGUCUCGUGCGGUGUGCAUGGUGGUUCGCGCUCCUAACUGGAGGCCCAGGGCGGGGCAGGUAGUGCGGUCUCUGGCAUUUGUUUCGAAAGAGCGGGCUGGCGACUAUAUUCACCUUGAUGGAUACAAUGGAUAUGGCGAUAUAAUCCAGUCUCCGCCAUGGCUGCACCAAAGUGCUGAUGAAUCCCGCAUGGAGAUUGUGGGCAGAGGAUACCAAGUGUUUGGAACCUACCAGCUUCCCCCUGGUUACGAGCUGGCUUAUGUGCCACAAAACGCUGUCGUGACUCCGAUUUCGAGAAUCAACCAUCCAGACCUUGCCGGCGAUCCACCCAAGUACCUCUUGACCUCCAACUACAGCUUUGCGUCUGCGUUGGUAGCCAUUAUCCAAAUUGUCUACGCGUCGGCGACCCUGUACCGAUCACGAGGAGGCCAGGUGCAGCAAUAUGGCUACGCAGCCUUUGGGUUCACGGUCCUUCCCUACCUGAUCAUGUCAUUUGUCAACUUGCUCGGAAACAUGGUGACCCCUCGGUAUUCAACAAUCUACCUAGUUCAUUCUGAAAUCAUGGAUGAGGCCAUGGACAGAGGCGGCUUUUUUGAGGGUGUCGUGGGUAGCGUCGAGCCGACCCCGUUGCCAGUCGAAGACAUGUUUGUUUUCGGGGCUUCCUUUGACGAAUCAAGUGGUACAUUUUCAUCAAAGACGGUGGGAAAGCUUUACAUGCCCGGUGAUAUGGAGCCAAUCGAAAUUGAACACGAAGUCUCGUCCCCUGAUCGCUGCGCAUCCGUUGUUGCACAGCCACCCCCAACCACCAAGGAUUUGAGCCUUCCAUCAGAUACAUCCACUGAGGUGGUCGGAGGAAAGGACGUGCUACAGCAAACAAAGGAAGUGCAAAUUGAGUCACAAGACGAGGAGAAGGUCCCUUUGAUCCUCUGUCCGAACUGCCACCAUUUCCAAGUCGCCGAAAGAAACAGGCCCAUUACUCGACCCAGCUGGAACAAAGCCCAUGGCACCAGGACGAGUAUCGGCGUUCUCAUGCUCCGCUUGUUCAUCGGGGCGUUGCCCCUGAUCGUAAUUGGAACAAUGUCCCACUUUAAAGCCGGAUCCAGCACCACUGCCCAGCGAGGGUGGAUUCUGUCGUGGCUUGUGGUUGGCAUGUCCAUCAUUGGUAACCCUUAUUUUGGCAAUUAUGUGAUAUCAAGCGUAGCGUUGCUCGAUAAGGACCGGCGCAGUCUUUGGCAUUCGGGCAAGAACCACUCGUUGACGACGCAUUUGCUUAAUGUCCUAAUUACUGGUCUCCUCUCGGCUGCAUUGGCUACGUCGGCCGUUGGUGGGUUCGUGGUUGUUGCCCAGAUGCUUCGAAACUAUGGUUCAUGUUCUCUCCUGGGCUAA